CUGUCGCUCACGACGCUUACUCUCGCCUUUGCUCGCUUCCUGCUGAGUGAAGGACCAACAAAGAUCUGCUUGGAACCGCACAUCUAAGCGGAGGAGCUCCAAACUUUCAUGAUUGCAAGCUGGGAUUUCAAGGUCGAUGCCUCGACAGCUCUCGAUCAAGCGCGUGUCAGCGUCCAUCUCAGCCAAGCUCGCGUUCUGAGCGGCGCUACAACUGCAUCAUGGCGGUCAACUGGACGGGCGGUACAAAGCAUGUUGCUCUGCGAUCUCGACGCAAUUUCGUGCCUCCAGUACCAAAGUCUAGAUCUGUUCCUUCAGCAGACGCAGACGAGGAACGCCGUCUCGAGACUCCGGCUGAGGCCCUGCAACAGGGCAUCCACGAGUCAAACCACGCAGGGCACGCACCUAGCAGAGACGGUGACUUGCGUCAAGAUGCUCUAGACAGUCCGGCCUCUGCGGUCUGUAAGGAUGCAAGCCAGGCUCAUCAAGAUCUCACCACAGGCUCACAGGAUUCAGGAACGUUAUCUGAUCAGCGAGCUUUCUUGCUGGGCAUAUCCGACUGGUCGCAUACGAAGACUUCUCGAACCAGCGAAAAGGUGCCCUCUAGCCGCUUGGUAUGUCAAGCUCUCAAACGGUCCAAGAUUGCAAAUGCCAUGAAAGCAAGAGGCCUGCAAGGGGGGCCGGAGCAGCCCGGUAAUCCCACCUCCAGCGCAGCAGCGAGGGCUGAGCCCAAGGACAUACAAAAGGGGCCUGCACAGCGUGAUCCUCCGAGCUCGCAUCACCUUUGUAAGACGAGCUCUCUCAAGCAAGUGCCUCGGAGCGCCUCCGGCAUGCCGCAAGUCCAAAUGGCACCCCCUACAAAUCGCCUACGCUCAGAGAUGUACAAAGCUCCCAUCACGCCAGACAAUCCUUUCGGGGUCAGAUGGGUCCAUCCGGACACGGGAGAAGUCGUCGAUGGCGUUACCUCGGAGCGCUUACAAGACAGGUCAGAGGUCGAUUUGCAAAUCGCCAAUCAGAAAGAGGCAGGGGGUGCGAUUGUACCAGAGGUUCAAAUCCAGGACAUCGUCGUACACAAACCGACGGGACAGGAGCAUCGGCAUGACGAAUCGUCCGGUAUUGUUUACGCUGUCGAAGACAAGCCCACUUUCGCGCUCAGACAGACUGUAGCCCAGAAAUACACGCUACUCUCCGAUCGCACAGCCCUCGAAGAGGUUUCGCAAAGCAAGCCUUUGAACAACGGUGCGAUAGCGGAGCAAAGUCGUCAGACAUUCUCUUGGUUGGACGAGAUCGUCAAGCAAGCGCAUCGCACACAGUGAGCGCGAUCAAGUCGGCCUUCUUCCACAAUGCGUCUCGAGUGACUCGUGACUCACACACUGCUGACUGUGAUGCAAGUAUCGAAAAUUCUGCGUGUGUAUUCGUGUGAAACAACAAG